CCCUAUUCGCUGACAAUGAAGUUUAAAACAGUUGCAGGCGGCGGAAAAACAAUAUUUUUACCGUUCUCAUCAGGACAGUUGUCACGGCAACGUCUGUUCUCAACAUUUCUAUUUGUAUUUAUUGUAAUUGUUAAUUGCUUUAGUGCUGUCAAGUGUAAUAAAUAUGAAAAUGAAUUCUAUUCCUCGGUAGCCGGCUUGGAGAGAUUAUUAAAGACUGAACAAAUACUGAUGACAGAUCUAAAGGAUUAUGUCGCAACAACUACACAACAACUUGCCCUAUUGGAAAAAGAAAUAUUAAAAAUAGAAAUAGAACACGAAUUGGCAGCAGCUGAUACAGAGAAUUAUCUCACCAAUCCAGUGAAUGCAUACAAAUUAAUUAAUCGUCUGUUUAAUGGAUGGGACAAAUAUGAAGAACAAAUUGCAGAUGCCUUUACUUAUAUACAGCAGUUACAUCAAAGAAGAAAUACCUUAGACUUUCCCUCUGACGAUGAUUUUGAGGAGUCAGCCUUGGCCCUGGUAAGACUGCAAAAGACAUACAAUUUGGAAGUAAGCCAGUUGGCAUCAGGAGUUUUAAAUGGUGUAAAAUAUGGCUCCGAUAUGUCCUGGUCUGACUGUCUGAUGUUGGGCGAACAACUUAUCAGAUUAAGGGCCUACAAUCAAACUAGACCCUGGAUGCAGGAAUCCAUAAAACGUUUAAAUUUUGAUUCUUUUAAUGGCAACAAAAUCUCCUUAGAGUUCAUGGAAAUAUUAGCGGAAAAUCUGUUAAAAACUGGCGAUGUUAAUUCAGCUUUAAAGGUAGUACAGAUCAUUUUGAAUGAAGAUCCUUUGCGUAAAGGUAAUGUGGCGAAGAUGUUUGAAAAUACAGAGACAUUGCCGGAAAUGGGGAAUAUUGAGACAGAAUAUCAUGCCACCCAGGAAUUCAAAACCUAUGAAAAAGUUUGUCGCGAAGAAAUCCAACAGUCCCCAGCAGAAAAACGAAAUCUUCGCUGUCGCUAUCACACAGGAAAUUGUGCCUUCUGUAAACUGGCACCCAUUAAAGUGGAAGAACUGCAUUUGGAUCCUUUGGUCAUGGUGUUCCAUGACAUGAUUAGCGAUGAGAAAAUCGAAAAAAUCAAAGAACUAGCCAUACCCAACAUGAAACGUUCCACAGUACGUGCCGAAAGCGAUGCCUCAUCUAGAAAACGCAAUUAUCGCAUAUCAAAAAAUGCCUGGCUGCCGUACAACAAUCACCCGUACAUGGAGCAAAUGUUACGUGAUUUACAUGAUGUAACCAGUUUGGACAUGACAUACAGUGAGGAAUUACAAGUGGCUAAUUAUGGUUUGGGUGGUCACUAUGAACCACAUUUUGAUUUCUUUACGGAUAAUAUACCAGAGGACCAAGGCAAUCGUAUAUCAACUUCAAUUUUCUAUUUAUCGGAUGUGGAACAAGGUGGCGCAACGGCAUUUCCAUUUUUGAAAAUUGCUGUAAAGCCAGCCAAAGGCAAUGUGUUAUUUUGGUACAACUUGCAUCGUUCUUCAGAUGGUGAUUUUCGCACAAAACAUGCUGGUUGUCCGGUCUUAAAAGGAUCUAAAUGGAUUGGCAACGUUUGGACACAUGAACGCAGACAAGAAAUGAUUAGACCAUGUGGCCUGGUUAGAGAUCAUGAAAGUUCGUUACAAUAUGCAACUGUUAAGUAAAAUUAAAAUGUCAAGUCAUUGUGUGAUAUACUCGUAAUAUAUACAAUAUAUUAUCGUACAUAGUAAUGGCAUGUAAUUUCUAGGGGGUUAAUUGAUAAGUUGCUACAAUUAAUAACUAUAUUAUAUUUAGUAUUAAUAAAUUAUAUGUAAAUAUUUCUUAUUAUAAAUAUUUUUUAUUAUUUUAACUGUUUUAAUUAUUGUUUGCUUAUCAAUUAACCCACUUUUCAAAGUAUGCCUUAUCUUUAUAGUCAAUUAUAAUGUAUUAUGAUUAAGUGUUUUCUUUAUUUUUAAUAAGUAAAAAAGUUGAACUUUUUAGACAAUAAAAUCCUUUAAAUUAUUUA